AUGGAGGCCCCUGGCGGGGCCGCCGUGAAACGAGUGAAAGCAGAGAGUGGCGAUGAGUCUGAAACCCGCGAGGAGGACGCUGCCGCAGGCCCACACAGGUCCCGUCGCGGGAAGGGUGCCGUCGGCGCCGCUGCCCUGUGCGUGAUCAUUCGCACGUGCGUGACGUGCGUGCAUAGCACGAACGAGCCUAACCCAUUCACCAGCGGCCCGCACAAGGACUGGGCGCACUGGCCGUGGGCCCACGGCGAGAGCGGCGCUCCCAUCGGCAAGCAGUGCAGGGUCUGUUCCAUGGCUUUCAUACUCGCAGGCUUCAACCUCAAAUACAAAGGGCUCAAGGAGCUCUACAGGGACAUGAAAACGAGCAAAACCUUGACCGACGAGUUCGUGAACUGCGGGAAGAAGCUGAUUCACCUUGCGAACGACGGCGUCAUCAAGACCAGAGUCAAGGGCAGCCUGAAGGACGAGGUUAGCGCGAUCAUGGGCGAGAUCAGGACGAAGACCGUGGAGGUAAUCAAGCGCACAGGAGUCCACGUGAAGGAGCGCUUCCGCGCAGUGACCCUGACCCGUUGGAAAAAGAAGUACCCGUCGAGCGAUCCCAAAGCUGAGGGCAUGCUGAUGAAGGAGUUGGAAAUCCAUGGCGAGAAGCAGAUGUGCGUUUUUGUGAGACAACUUCCAGCAGGAGAGUUCGACGUUGAAGUUGAUGAGAGUUUGGAGACGCUACUUCGCGAGACGUACGACAAUGGAAAGCUCAGCCUCCGCGACAACCAGCAGUCUGACAUGGUUGGGCGACUCCAGCGGGGCCAAGUAGCACAGCUGAUGCCAGAUCAGGACGGCAAGGAGAUCCCAGAUGAGCGGAUGGUUCAGAAGAAGUACGGCAAGCUGGCGGAGGAGCAGCGCAGCCGGAGCCCGCGCGGAGCAGGCGGAGCAGACAAGAAGGGCCGCGGCAAGGGCUCGAUCAUCCCGAGCGACCCCAACGAGAUCCUCAAGCGCGAUAAGUUUUUCGAGGUUGAGAACAUCUUCAAAGAUGUCGUGGAGCGUCUCAUGCAGGAGCCGUUCGAUUCCACCCUCAUCUCCAUGGGCGAUGCUAAGGAAUUCCAGCAGGAGGGGAAGAAAUUGCUCACGAAGUUGCAAGGCGUUCAGAAGGACAUCGUCCGCGUGGAGACCCUGGUGAGUCGUCGGCAGAACACGCCGCAGGAGGUGACGAACAAAGUCAAGGCGUUGAGGACGAAGGUGAGGCAUAUGAUAUAUGUGAUGACGGAGUUGCUCAGCGUCAACAAGGCCGUCGACACGGAGCGCUUGAACACUUGCAUCGGCAUCUUGUCUGCAGAUGAUGCUGACCCUGGUACGGCAAUGAAGGUGAUGCUCUUCCGAAGCGUCUGUGCCGACCUGGUUCGCUUCGACAAGACGGAGACUUUGAAGGCUGAGCUGGACCUCGAGGAUGGCUUCUGCGCUCGCUACCAGAUCGGUGCCAAGUCCGAUCGCCAGUUGGUGAACAAGUACGUCGUCGAGUCGGGCCUCUUCAAGAUUCUGGACCUGAUCGCGGGCAAGAAAAGCGAUGCCGAUCGCAAUGUUCUCCAGCGAGCUAUUUGUCUGUGCGAGGCUGCGAAGGACUCUGUCCCCGAUGAGAUGUCUCAAUGCCUUCGCAGUUGUAUCGUUAUCUUUGGUUCUGCAGAGGAUGGCGUUGAUUUCGCGGUGCAGGAGACGGAGGCGGAUGCAGCUCAAGAGAAAAAGAGAGACACCGCUUCGGCAGGUUUCAUGAAGACCAUUAUGCAUCACGAGAGUUGGCCGAGGAUCCUCUCCAUGGCCCGUGCGGCGAUCGCCGAGAAGAAGAAGCGGACAUCGGGGCAGAACUUGACGAGGCAGCUCCAGACAAGCUUUGCCAAGCUACUCUCACAGGCCGACUUUUCCUCGAGCGUGGACCUUGCCGAUGCCGAGUCCUUCAAGUCGUCCCUGGCGAACGUACUUGCCGACAUCAAGGAGAGCGACCCCAACGACCCUCCCGUGCAGAAGUUUGUCGAGUUCCUGAAAGCGCACAAGCAGGCCACGUUGCAGGCGCUUGGCCAGGCCGCGGGCGAGCGCGGCGGCGUCAUCGACAGCCUCCUCGAGUGCACCGAGAAGGAGAUCCUUGAGACCCGGAAGUGCAAUACUAAGAAGUUCUUGGAGAGAGUGCGCGAGUUCGUUCAGGCGUCGAGCGUGCACGUCGAGCUGGUACAAGCUAAGCCUUGGAGGUAUAAGUCGGAGCACAUCGAAGACGCUGUAACAUCCAACGUGAAGGCCGAGAAUACUGCAGGGCAAUACGUGGAGCUCUUGUGCCUGUUGUGCGACUGUGCAGCCCAGCAUGACAACGUGAGCGACGAGUCGUCCAACUUCUUCGGCGUCGUCCAUUCGAUGAACAAGUUGGUUGAGCAGAUGGGGGACGAGAUCGGCCCCGACCUGAGGGAGAUGAUCAAUCGCUUCAAGGACAAGUUUAACGUGGAGGGGCGCGGCAAGCUGGACGCCAAUGAGAAGUACUUGCCAGACUUGCGGCGAAGAUCCGCCAUUGCCAUCUCCAAAGUAAUCAAUCCCGACAAACCUGGGGAGCUAGACGCCGAGGUUGCCAACGCCGCUGUUGGUUUGGAGCCCUUGCUGCACAAAGCCCAGCAAGCGUUGGCGCUGAUCAAGGAGGGCGACGAUGAUUGCAUGGUGGCCGAGGUCAUCUUCAACGAGAGCGUCAUCAAGAUCGCGCAGUUCCACCACCAAAUUGGGGAUUUCGGUGUGAAUACGGCUACGCCGCCAGACGCCUUCCUGAAACCUUGCGCGAAACUCGUCCACAGUGCACUCAAGACGCCAGGGGGCGCUGAGAAGAUUCAACAGUUCAUGCUAAAGAUCUUCCCCACGCUCGAUGCUGACAAGGUGGAGUCGUUUUCGCAGUGGAUCGUAGGGGUGCUCGAGUAUGCGGCGGAUUAUGUUGACAACCGCCUGGAGGUGAUCAAUGCUAAGGCAGAGGAGGCCGACGCGGCCCUGGACGUCCUAACCGAUGAGUACGACAUUCAGUCUUCUACGCACGCGAUCACGGAGGCGUACAAGGCCGCUCGCAUCGCUUUGAAGAAGGUCAUCGGCGAGUUGACGGAAGCCACAGCCAAGUACGAUCUACCGUUGGGUAGGUAUCCGAUUAUCGAGAGUGGGGACAGGAAGGUGGGGACGGCGCUGGAGAAGAUCUGCUACUGGGGCGUCAAUAGUUUGCUCAAGAAAGAGGACAUCGAGAACGAGAAAACUGGCAAGGAUGCUCGCAAGGUCUUGAGGGACAUCUGGGUCAACCAAAUUCUGGCCAAAGGGUUUCAGCCCCCUGCUGACAUCACCGCGAACGUCACGAAUGUGCUCGCAGUCGACAAGAAGACCUUGAAGAGUAAGAAGGCCGCGGGCACCAUGGGCGACGCUGCCGCUGAUGGCUGCGCAGAUCCUCAAACGAAAAAGAAGGCCAAAGCACAACAGGUACCUGGAACAGGUGGCGAAGAGGCGACGGUGGAACCAAUCGAGCAGAAGAAGGAACGGAAGGACAAGGGAGCCCAACCCAAGCAGAAGAAGGACAAAAAGGAAAAUAAGGAAAAGAAGGAAAAGAAGGAAAAGAAGGGUGACAAGAAGGAUAAGAAAACAGACAAGACCAGGACCACCGACAAGAAAGAGAAGAAGCGUAGGAAGGGCGCUGGAGACAUCGAUUGA